AUGGCCAACGAUAUAACCAUAGAUGACGAAGAUGUUUCCGAGACGGGGACACCUGACGGCCACGCGCCGUCUAGCCUCAGUCCGGCUAGCCUCGGGGGCGAAGAUACGGGCAAGAACCUUGCGGGGCAAGUCAAGACUCGGCAAGACCGAAGGGCGUCCACCCAUCAGCCGCAUGGCCAUGGCGCGGUUCACCAGAUGGUCGAACACGCGGCUGAAGAAAUCGACGGACCCGCCGCCGUGCAGGGCCAGAACUCGUCCCUGUGGGACUGGAUCAAGUCGCUCGUUGAACCUUACGCCUCUCUGCGAUCACAAUCGCCCCGUUUCGUCUGCCUAACGUCCUCGGACCCGGUGAACCAGACAGUCGCCCGAGGCAGCCUCACCCAGAUGAUCAACCACGUCUUCGCGCGCUGCGCCGUGUCGACCACAUUAACAUCUAACAAUACCUCUACUACGCCUCCAGCCGCGACUAGCCCGGACGCGUCGGGGAGCAGCUCGCCGCCCAUGCCCGCGCAGGUGCUCGAGCAGCCGCAGGCAAGGAUGAAUGGCGAUGCGCGGGAUAAUGGAGACCACGCGCUCGAUACGCCCGUUGGCGAGAACGCGCCGCUUGCGCCGUCUUCCAUCCCCGCUACGAACGGCCAUGCGCUGCCUCCGACCUCCAACGGCGACGCCCACCCCCAUCAUCCCCCACUUUCCGAAGACGGAGAAGGAGAAGGAGAGCGGGAAGGCAUGCACGAGCUCACGACGAACGAUCUCUUUCUCAAAGACGCGUUUCUCGUCUGCCGCGCGAUGUGCAAGUGUUAG